AUGCGAUCCGAAAUGUAUUGUGCAGACAAGGGUCUAAUCCUCAUAAAUGCUCCCGUUGCCGAACGUAUAAGAAUGGUAACAAAGAGGAGUCACCAGUCAUGUCAGUUUGUUAAUGGAGAACCCCUCGGUAGGUAUAGCUCCACGAAUUAUGUGUCGUCCCUCCGAAUGUGGUUCGGAGGUACAUGCCUCGACAAAUCAUGCCUUGGUGCUCCGAAUGUAGUUUGGAGGGUUUUCGUCCAAGUUUCUCCAUUUCAAUUUCAUCAGAUCAUACUAAAAGAUGGAACAUCAUCAUAUUGCAAUUCCGAUUCCAGUCACAGAUCACCAUCUCCCAGAACUGGAAAUGAACAACUAUCCAGAUCUACAGCCAAGCUCUCUGGACUCAUAUUCUUUUACAUAAUCGUUAUGGCAGUUGAGAUUAUCGGAGGUUUAAAAUCAAAUAGUUUAGCUGUUCUUUCAGAUGCAGCUCAUUUACUCACUGACAUUGGUGGAUUCUCAAUCUCUCUGGUUUCUGUUUGGGCUUCAGUUGGGAAAGCAACUCCACAUCAGUCAUUUGGAUUCAGUCGAAUCGAGGUUUUGGGUGCUCUUUUAUCUGUACAGAUGAUUUGGGUCAUUUCUGGGUACUUGAUCUCCGAAGCAAUCAAAAGAAUCGUUCAUAAACAAUCAGACGUGAAUGGUGGGUUGAUGUUUGCCAUUUCAGCUUUUGGUUUUGUAAUCAACUUCAUCAUGGUCAUCUGGCUAGGUCAUGACCAUGCUCAUGAUCAUGGUCAUGGUCAUGGACAUGAUCAUGGGCAUGAUGUGAAUAAAGAAGAGAGUUCAAAUUUGGUGGAGUCAACUUCUAAAGGAAAGAGUGGGAGAAUGAACAUAAACAUUGAAGGGGCAUAUUUACAUGUGAUAUCGGAUAUGAUUCAAUCGAUUGGAGUGAUGAUAGCUGGAUUGGUGAUAUGGGUGAAACCAGAUUGGUUAAUCAUUGAUUUGGUUUGUACUUUGAUCUCCUCUGUUUUUGCUCUAGCUACAACUCUACCAAUGGCUAAAAACAUAAUUUCUAUAUUAAUGGAGAGCACACCAAGUGAAUUCGAUGUUGUUGGUUUGAAAAAAGAUUUAAACAGCAUCAAUGGAGUUGAUGGUGUUCAUGAUCUACAUGUGUGGGCAAUCACAAGGGGAAAAAUAGUAUUAUCUUGUCAUGUAAUAAUCGAAACAAAUAUCGAUUCGAAUGAAAUUCUUCACAAAGUUAAAGAUUUAUGUGAAGGUAGAUACGGAGUUCAUCAUGUAACUGCACAAAUUGAAUCUUUAUAA